UAGUUAGAAAGAGACAAAAGUUUGUUUAUUGACUUUGCAAGAAGUGUCAAGAAGUGUACUUUAUAGGUUAUAUUUUAGCGUCAGCAAACAUUUAAAAACAUUUUUUUCCUUGAUAUUGUACACGGGGAUUAAGACUAUUCACCCCUUAACAGACUGUUAUUGUACUUGUUGGUAGCAUUUAACUGAGAGACCCGGGGAUCUGCGUUGUGGUGAUAUAUUUGGUCUAUAGUGUGAAUAAUACGUACACAAAGUGUUUUUGUUUUGAUUUUUUUGUGAGAGCCGUUCCUGAAAUCCAUUCAUCAUUUUUCAUAAUAUGACUGGUUUGAUGAUGGAUUACGAGUUCAAAAUAAAAACGCAGAAUGAGCGUGUGAAGGUGGAGGACUUGUUUGACUACGAGGGCUGUAAAGUGGGCAGAGGCACCUACGGACACGUAUACAAGGGAAGACGAAAAGACGUGGGGCAGGACGCCAGGGACUAUGCUCUGAAGCAAAUAGAAGGCACUGGGUUAUCAAUGUCUGCAUGCAGAGAAAUUGCGCUGCUACGGGAGCUGAAGCAUCCAAAUGUGAUAAACUUGAUCAGGGUUUUUCUCUCUCACAAUGACAGAAAGGUGUGGUUGCUCUUUGAUUUUGCAGAACAUGAUCUUUGGCAUAUUAUCAAGUUUCACAGAGCAGCCAAGGCAAAUAAGAAACCUGUGAUGGUGCCCAAGGCAAUGGUGAAGUCUCUGUUGUAUCAGAUUCUGGAUGGUAUUCACUAUUUGCAUUCAAACUGGGUGUUGCACAGAGAUCUGAAGCCUGCCAAUAUUCUAGUUAUGGGUGAGGGACCCGAACGGGGUAGAGUGAAAAUCGCGGAUAUGGGCUUCGCGCGAUUGUUCAAUGCUCCGUUAAAACCGUUAGCUGAUAUGGAUCCCGUAGUUGUAACUUUCUGGUACAGGGCUCCAGAAUUACUUCUUGGAGCUAGACAUUACACAAAGGCCAUCGACAUCUGGGCCAUUGGAUGUAUUUUCGCGGAGUUGUUAACGUCCGAACCGAUAUUCCACUGUAGGCAGGAGGAUAUCAAGACAAGCAAUCCCUAUCAUCAUGAUCAGCUUGAUAGGAUUUUCAAUGUGAUGGGAUUUCCGCAUGAAAAAGACUGGGAAGAUAUUAGGAAAAUGCCUGAGCACCCAACACUGUUGAAAGACUUCAAGAAAUCAAACUACAUUAAUUGUUCUUUGAUCAAGUACAUGGACAGACAUAAGAUAAAGCCAGAGAGCAAAGCUUUCCAUUUGUUGCAGAAGUUGUUGUUGAUGGAUCCUAACAAGAGGAUAACGUCGGAGCAGGCUAUGCAAGACGCAUACUUCAGUGAGGAUCCGUUACCAACACAGGAUGUUUUUGCUGGUUGCGCUAUUCCGUACCCAAAAAGGGAGUUUUUGACUGAUGAUGACCAGGAGGACAAAGCGGAAAGCAAGAGGCAGGCGCAGCAGCAGCAACAGCAGCAGCAAGCCCAACAGCCCCAGCAGCAGCAGCAGCAACAACAGCAGCAGCAAGCUGCUGGGGAUUCUAAUCCUGCCAAAAGAGUCCGCUUGGCUCCUCCCGGUCAUCCAGGACAAGUUAACCCGCAGGUCGUACCGAUAUCGCAACAGCAGCAAGAAUUCCAUCAGCAACAAAUGAUGUACAACAAUGCUACACAGCAGCAGCAAAACUUUCAACAAAGAUUUUAACAUUUUAUUUAUACGUUUGUAAUUUUUAAA